AUGCGUUUCAAACGUGACAUCUUUUAUUGGCGCAAUUUUCGUAUGAAUGACUUGCCACCCGAAAUCAUUACGCACAUCUUCCGUAUCGCUGCUUGGUCAACCAGUACCCCAGCUGAAGGCACGCACAUUCGCCUAUUGCUCACUUCGGUGUGCCCCAAAUGGCGCAGGUUGAUGAUCGAAGACUGCACCCUUUGGAGUGCCAUCUGGUUCCGAGAUCCUCCUCCGUAUGAACGGUCGCUGGAGUGGUUUAAGAGGGCAGGUGGUGCACCGUUGGACAUCCGCAUCAACGAACACGAUGCCGACUGGAAGUCCAAAGAUGAUGAUUGGAGGUACAAAGAGGACGACCAUCGGUUUACUACCGAACAGAUGGAAGAGCUCAUGGACAAACUCUUUGUCAAAGUCUCUCAGAUUCGCAUGCUUGUGCUUGUUGUCGACAACUGGCCCCCUGCACUCGUAGUUUUGGACAAGCUGCAGGAAGCAGCUUAUGCUGGGAAGGCUAUCAACAUGGAACGUUUAGAAAUUCAUAGGAUGGGACAACCUUUUGUAUGGCUCGGGCCAGGGCGUACACCUGCUGUGCUUUUCGGUGGCCAGACUCGAACCUUGAAAUAUCUCUGCCUCUCCGGCGUUCACAUUGACUGGAACGCGACUCCCCUUUGCAACCUGUCUACUAUCGACCUCAGGAAAAUCGCAAUGAAUGUUGCGCCAACAUUGAAUCGCUUUCGCGAGGUUCUCCUUGCUUGCCCUCGCUUGCAGAAGUUGUCUUUGGAUGGCGCAGGCCCGCAACCCAGCGCUAGAAAGUCCGAUCACAUUCCAAUUGACCUUCCCCACCUGAAGGUUCUCGUUAUAGGCGGCUUCAGCAUGUUGUACUCGUGCUACAUUUUAUCUCAGUUCAAGGCACCCAACAUUCGCGACCUGACGUUAAUGAAUCUGACAGGCGAAGAUUAUACAACAAUGAUCGCUGCCAUAACUGGUCGGUAUAGGGAGCUACGACUCCUGACGCUCUACACGGUCAACAUAAGUCCCACAGAGGGGGGUACGAAGGCGAUGGUGAAGUUCCUAUACGCGAUGCCUUACCUGAGCUAUCUACGAAUCGCCUCCAUGAAGUGGCAUGUCAUAGAUGCAUUCAACGAAGACCCUCGAGAAUAUGGACUUGGGAGGGACACAGUCACUCAGUCGUUCCCGCAGAACCGUCUAGUUCUGUGUCCGAAACUUCAGACGAUAGAAUUCCAGCAAUUGUCUGGAACGAAGAUAGCAGAGUGGGCGGCUAAGAGGAAGGAGCUAGGCGCCCCGCUGAGGAGGGCCUAUGUGAAUUCUCCAUACGUCAGUAAGGUAACUACGGAUGAAGCGGAAAUGAUCCAACAGGUCGUGGGCCUGUUCAUCGCGCCUCUGGGGUCCACUACCCCCGAGGAGAGGGCGUUGGCGACUUGCGACCGUUAUGGAGAGACGAUCUAG